AAAGCCAUUUCCUUCUCCCCUCUCUCUCUUUCUUUAUCUUGGCUUGGCGUUGCCUCUAUCUUUUUCUUUUUUGAGAAGUGCAAGAAGAGGAAUGGAAAUUAAAGGAACUCUCCGCUGUCACCACAUCCACAUGCAAUCCUCUUCCCCUUUAUAACUAGCUUAUUAUUAUUACUCACUCUCUUCUUCUUAACUUUUUCCUUUUUUCUAGCUGAGAGAACUUCUUCAUUCCCCACCCCAGCUGAAGAAAUGACUAAACAAGAUGACUUUAAGCUUCUCAAGAUCCAGACGUUUGUUCUCAAAGUGAACAUACAUUGUGAAGGUUGUAAGCAGAAAGUGAAGAAACUCCUUCAGAGGAUUGAAGGUGUUUACCAAGUAAACAUAGAUGCAGAUCAACAGAAGGUCACAGUAUCAGGAAGUGUAGACUCUGCGACAUUGAUUAAGAAACUAGUCAGAGCCGGUAAACAUGCUGAGGUUUGGUCCCAAAAGUCCAACCAAAACCAAAACCAAAAACAAAACGACUACUGCAUCAAAGAUGACAAGAACAACAAAACCCAAAAGCAAGGCAUCAUCAAAGGCCUAGAAGGCUUAAAGAACCAGCGAAAGUUUCCUGCAUUUAGCUCUGAAGAAGAUGAUGACUAUUUUGAUGGUGAUGAUGAAAACGAUGAGGAGGAUGAGCUCAGAUUUCUCAGCCCAAGUCAUCUUGGUCUACUCAGGCAGCAAAUUGAAGCAAGCAAUGGAAAGAAAAAUAUUAGAGCCAUGGCAGCAGCUCCCAACAAUGGUAAUAAGAUGAACAACAAUGUUGGGAAUGGAAAUGCCCAAAAGAAAGGGAACCCAAAUCCAAAUCAGAACAUGGUACUGAAGGUUAAUCCAGGUGGGAUAGAUCAAAAAGCCAUGGCAGCUUUGAAAGUGAACAAUGCCCAAUUAGGAGGUGGAAACAUAAGUUCUGGGGAAGGAAAAAGGGCAAAUGACAUUGCAACCAUGAUGAACCUUGCUGGUUUUCAUGGAAAUGGUGCUAAUUUUGCUAAUUCAGCUGCUGCUUUAGGAUGCAAUCCCAACGGUUUAGGAGGGUUUCAACAAGUUCAAUCCAAUAUAGGGUAUCAAGGAUCACUUGCAGGAGGCCUCCCUGGUGGUGGAUAUGCCGCAGGGCAACAUCCAUCAUCUAUGCUGAUGAGCAUGAAUGGAUACAACCAUACAGCAGCAGCAGCAUCCGCGAUGAUGAACAUGCAAAACAGGCAUAUACUGCAGCAGCAGCAACAACCUCAACCUCAGAUGAUGUAUCACAGGUCUACUUUUGUCCCAUCUAACACCGGCUAUUACUAUAACUACAGCCCUGCUGCAUAUCCUUACAUUGAGCAACCCAAUUACAAUGUGAGCAAUUCUGCAGCAACCCACACGUUCAACGAUGAAACCACUAGCAGCUGUUCAAUUAUGUAACAGAAAGAAUGUAGAAAUUCAUCCCAACUCCUGCCCCUCCCCCAACCCCCACACCCCCAAAAAAGGGAGGCAGGGAUGGGAUAUCUUGGUGAAUUUUAUGAUUAUAUUGUGUAGUUCUUGGGUGAUGUUUGUUUUUAAUCUCUCCUCUUUUUUUUUUGUUUCAAGACUGACUUGGUUUGCAAACCACAUGCUACUAGUAAAUAAUGAAAAAGAAAUGAUUAGUGUAUAUAUAAAAAAAUAUGGUGCAUUA